AUUCUUGAUGGAUGCUGCGGUGCUAACCCUUCAGAUGAUGACUGAUGUCGACUGCAACAGCAACGCCGUUAACGCAGAGCUCGAGGUGGUGAAGUUGCAGCAGCUCGUUCGGAAACUAGAGAAGCAAAACGAGCAGCUAAGGGCGAGCGCGAGCGCGGUUAACGAUUGCUCCACGAGCCCCCAUAUCCAAACCACCUCACCAGCCUGCAUACUAGACAGCAGCCCCGUCCCGGGGGGGUACCGUCUCCCGCUGACAGCCCUGCUGUGCCAGUCCUCCUUCUGCCCGGCGGACGAUUCUUUCCAGUAUUUUCUUCCGCAUUCCGCUGCUGAUUCCACGGUUGAAGCUCAGGGCAGUGAGGGCGAGCCCACGGUUCUGGACGAGGUGGCGCUGCUGGAUCUGGAUUCCAUGUUCUCCCUUGACAAGUCUGAAGAUUCCUGGUUGUAUGUGUCAGCUAGGGCCAGGCCGUGGCAGCGCCCCCUGCUGUCUCCCCUGCAGUGGUGCAGGCAGGUGCUGGACGGGCUCAGAGGGGAGGGGUCCAGACGCUCCCGUUCUCUCAGGCAGGCCCCAGUUCCUUCCCCUCUCCACCCCGUUCUCCUCACCUCCCUGAGUCCCAUGGUGAAGGAUCCUGAGAGAAGUCCCUCCUUCCUCCCUCACCCCACCAAUGGUCUGAGCGCUGAGCAGGAAGCAGACUGUGUCUCCCUGGGUUACAAGCUGCAGGACCUGACUGAUGUCCAGGUGAUGGCUCGCCUGCAGGAGGAGAGUCUCCGUCAGGACUAUGCCUCCACCUCCAUCACUCGGAGCAGCUCCAGUUUCUGCUUCCAGUUCAGCCAGCAGGGAGAGCCCCACCUGCAGGGGGAGGAGGAGGAGGAGCAGGGGUCCAGGAAGCCUGGCCUUCCCCACUCCCACACGUUCUCCAGCCUCCCAGACUGGGUUAGGGUAGACUGGCGCAGAAGCAUCCCCAACCCCCAGUGCCCCUCCUCUGGGUCCUCCCAGCCCAGCCCCCCCUCCAGCCCCUGCAGACCCCAGCAGCAGGCCUUCAGGCCUGGGUCAGAUAAGCUGCGUCGGAGCAUGCCCAGCCUGGUCAGAGUUCCCAGCAUGCCUAGUGUGCCCAACCCACCCAAUCACACGUGCUCUCCUCCUCAGCUCAGGAAUAGUCAGAGCUUUGACUCGUCCAAUGGGCUGGCCCGACUGCAGGGCUGCACAUCCCCGGCCCAGAGUGUUGGCAACUUUGGGGUGUUGUCGCGGCAACCCCUCAAAGCUACGGCGUACGUCAGCCCCAUCGUCAAGGGUUCCGUUGCCAUGCCAACCUCCGCCAGCCUGCAGUCUCUGAUCCCUAACAAAGCCACGCCCCCUCGUAGCUCCCUGCCACGCCCCGCCUCUUUCGUAGGCUCCGCCUCCCGCAGCAGGACCAGCCAACCAGCACGCAGUUUACUGACGCCUCCCAAGAGCCUGUCGGCCCUGACUGCACUUCCAGACAGGAGCUGGAGAGACGGCUGCUACUGACACAGCCAGGAGAUGCCCCCCCUGCUGGACACACCCAGGAGAUGCCCCCCCCCCCCCCUGAUGGGGUCAGGGUUUCGGGUUAGCCACCUCUGCACCUCAGGGUGUCGACCUGCCUCCUGGUGUUCAGGAGGAGAUGAGAAGGACUGACAGACACAAACGUUUCAGGACAAACAGGAGGAAAGACAUGGUGCUAAACACUGUUUUAGGUGUGGGGAUCUGGACAUGGCACCUAUUUACAGGCAGGGUGUGUGUUUGGGUGUGUUCUUGUGUGUUUUCAUUCCACAGCUGUUUAAUUCAGCCUGCACCUCUAGGUCUGCGCCUUGGUGCAAUGUUGUGCAAUACCCCCUCUGGGCUCCAGCUGACCUGAGACCUGUUCAUACUGGGCUACAGCUGACCUGAGACCUGUUCAUACUGGGCUACAGCUGACCUGAGACAUUUUCAUACUGGGCUACAGCUGACCUGAGACCUGUUCAUACUGGGCUACAGUUGACCUGAGACAUUUUCAUACUGGGCUACAGCUGACCUGAGACCUGUUCAUACUGGGCUACAGCUGACCUGAGACCUGUUCAUACUGGGCUACAGCUGACCUGAGACCUGUUCAUACUGGGCUACAGCUGACCUGAGACCUGUUCAUACUGGGCUACAGCUGACCUGAGACAUUUUCAUACUGGGCUACAGCUGACCUGAGACCUGUUCAUACUGGGCUACAGUUGACCUGAGACAUUUUCAUACUGGGCUACAGCUGACCUGAGACCUGUUCAUACUGGGCUACAGCUGACCUGAGACCUGUUCAUACUGGGCUACAGCUGACCUGAGACAUUUUCAUACUGGGCUACAGCUGACCUGAGACCUGUUCAUACUGGGCUACAGCUGACCUGAGACAUUUUCAUACUGGGCUACAGCUGACCUGAGAGCUGUUCAUACUGGGCUACAGUUGACCUGAGACAUUUUCAUACUGGGCUACAGCUGACCUGAGACUUGUUCAUACUGGGCUACAGCUGACCUGAGACCUGUUCGUACUGGGCUACAGCUGACCUGAGACCUGUUCAUACUGGGCUACUGCUGACCUGAGACCUGUUCAUACUGGGCUACAGCUGACCUGAGACCUGUUCAUACUGGGCUACAGCUGACCUGAGACAUUUUCAUACUGGGCUACAGCUGACCUGAGACCUGUUCGUACUGGGCUACAGCUGACCUGAGACCUGUUCAUACUGGGCUACAGCUGACCUGAGACAUUUUCAUACUGGGCUACAGCUGACCUGAGAGCUGUUCAUACUGGGCUACAGUUGACCUGAGACAUUUUCAUACUGGGCUACAGCUGAC